AUGUCGCCGACCCCCAGUCAAGACAAUGAUCGUGCCCUAAGACAGUUUGUACCGACCUUGCACACGGAUGUGUAUGAUACUAUUGAUCCGAGUAAAACUAAGAUCACACAGCCGUUUACGGCUGUCAUAUUAGGCGGUAGCGGAGCCGUGGGCAGUGGACUUGCACGGGCAUACGCUCGAGCUGGUGCAACUGGAAUUGUUCUGGCCGCUCGUCGUUUGUCUCUGAUCGAAGCUGUUGCUGACGAGGCCAAAGCCAUAAGCCCAUCAAUACAGACGUUGGCAAUGCAAUGUGACGUCUCGUCAGCCUCUGAUAUUGCUGCGGUUGCUACCGCUACGAGAACUCGUUUCGGUGCCACUGUGGGGAUUGUUGUCGUCAACGCUGGCUACAGUGGUCAUAUUGUCCCGGAUAUUGCGCAAGAAUCGGUAGAAAAUUUCCAGAAUGCUUUCAGUAUCAAUACCAUGGCAUCAGCCUACGCAGCACAGUCUUUCAUUCCAAUAUUGAACGAAUCAGCAGCAGCGAACACGACAUCACAAAAGAGGCUGUUUCUUGCCGUUAGUUCCAUGUCCGCGCCAACAGUCAGUGGGCCCGUUGCUCAUAUUCAUUAUUGUGCCAGCAAGUUUGCACAGGUCCGAGUCAUCGAAAUGCUCAAGGAGCAGCAGCACGCCGCGAAUGGUGACGAUAGCAUUUUCUUUGCAUCGUUGCAUCCAGGCGGGGUCAAGAGUGACUUUGCAAGGCAAUCAAAUAUUCCUGAGAGCUUCCUCCCUUUUAUGACGGAAAGCCCGGAUCUUGCGGGAGCAUUCUGCGUUUGGCUGACUCAGAACCAAAGCCGCAUACAGGGUCUGAGUGGAAGAUUCUUGUCAGUCAAGUGGGAUGUAGAUGAGCUUUUAGGCAAGAUGGACGAGAUUGUGGAUAAAGACCUGCUUCGAGCUCGAUUUGCGGUGUAG